AUAAACAAAGUAUCUGAAUGGCAACAUACUGCAUAUGAUGGAUUUAUUUGUGAAAAUACCGAAAAACAGUGAACAGGUUAGGCAACGUUUAUGGGGCACAGCUUCUGGGGGAAAUAAUGUUAUCUUGUGCUUCUAUUAAACUAACAUCUCUCUAUAAUCUAUCCAGCAAUCUGCACAUACACACACUGUCUCAUACACUCACACACUCACAGCUGGGGUUGUGUGUACUUGCUGGAGAGGGGAGAACAAAGGAUUAAAACUGGACCAUUGCCAGAUGCAUGAGCAGUAAAUGGUACAUGUUAUCCAUGCGACAGGGUGUAAGACAUCAGGAACAUUAAUCUUGGCAUUAGACAUUCACGGCUGGGCGGGUACUGUGUGAAAGAUUAUAGAUCACAAAAGAGCAAUUUCCCGCGGAUCGAACCAGUCACAAAACCAAACCCACAAGCUCAUUCGGAAUUCGCACAGGUAGCGAUGUGAUCAGAUUUAACCCGCUCGGGGUUGGAGAAAUCACCGCCGUGCUUCGACUCGCGGUGCUGGGUUUGCCACCGGAUUGCUGCAUAGGGGUUUGAAGAACUUUGCUCCCUCCCGGCUAGGGCGGAGAAGACGUGUCCACCUACACAUCAUGUAAAGGACUCUUCUGAGAUCGCCGCAAGUCACAGAGACACACCACGCUUAACACGCACAUGAGCACGUAAGGUUACGCUCGCGGGUCUGAUCGAUGGAGUGUUGUCAUGUCUCAAUAAAUGUGAAGGUAAUUCAUUGCUGCACUUGACUGAGUUGACAUCCUCCUGAUCAAAAAUAAAGAUGAUGUUUACUGACAAAAACAGCACUACAGUCCCUCAGAAGCCUGGCCAGAAGAAGACAAGGCCGCAGGGUCUACCGUCUCCCGCUCUGUGUUGUGCCUGUGGCCUCUGCAUCAUGUUGGCAGGGAUCAACAUUACACUUGUGGGGGCCUUCGCCUUCGGCACCUUCUUGCCAGUGAACAAUCCCCCCAUUAUCAUCGGGCCUAUUCUGCUGGUGGUUGCUUUCACCUUUUUUGCGGCCUGCUGUAUCUGCAGUCGGAGACCUCCCGCUCAUGGUCAGAGGAAGUCCAAGCCUGGUUCCAAUAUUGGCAUCAUCAAGCCUGGUCACGCUACGUUCGAGAUUGAGACUAGUGAGCACACGGUGCAAGACACAACUGCAGUCCAGCUCAGUCCGACAAACUCACCGGUGUCUUCUAAGAAAUCUACCCCAGUCCAUGAAAACGCAAAGACAUGUAAACUCUUUACUAUGGAUGGCGACAAUCCUGGAGCCAAGUAUACACCUGGAACUGAGGCAAUACAACUGAACCUACCCCAGGACUUGGAUGCAUCCUCAUAGAACUGGAUUGAGCUUUGAUUACAAAACUACUUUCCAUAUACAAUGUUAUAACUAGGUCUCUUAAACCUUUCACCAGCAAGAAUCAGUUUUUAAAUUUGAAUAACUAUGUCCAGACCAUGAUGAUCUUUCUCUCCAUUCGAACUUCACUUUAAAUCUUUGGUUUAGUUUAGCAGAGUAGAGAAAUUUCAAUGUUUCCUGCCAUCUUAUUGAGCAAGAUCAAAUGCAAUGCAGUGAGAUUUUCAUGAAGAGUAACAGUGAAAUUUGAAAACGAAUACAAAAGCAUCAUCUAAUUAUCACUUCAUGUUGCAGGUCUGACGCAAAUAUCUGCACAAAUUACAAGUACCUAAUUUGAUUAUUUGAGGAAUGGAUGGAUAUCUAACCUUGUUUGCCAAAAAUACUUUUUUCAUAAGAUGUGUAUUCUAUACCUGACCCCCCCUCAAAAUAAUUUGGGAGCAAAGAACAAGUACUGUCUAUUUUAAUUCAGAUUUAACUGAUUUAAUAAAAUAUUGUUGGUAGAUUAACUUUAUUAGCAAUUUUUGGGGAAAACAAGUUUUUCCACGUAUGCUUUGAUGCUCAUUUUGAAAUUCCUUCAUUGGCAAAUGCUCUAUUGUUGCUGAAGUGAUUAAACAGCUGGACUGAGUUAACAGAUGAGAAGAGAAAUAGAGCACAGUGUAACAUUAAGCAUGCUUUCUGCCUUUUUGAAUCGGCUCUUGGUAAUGGAAGUAAUUGGGAUAUUUUAAUGGGAUCUUGAGGGAGUGAAACUCUCCUGAACACUCAGAUGUCCAGAUGAGUAUUGUGAGGUUCAAAAGAAAAAUGUUUAUAAUAUAUUUGGAAAGGGAUAGAGAACGUAUUAAGCAUCUGCAAAUGCCAAUCAUAGUAUAUAUUAUGUAUUUAAGGAUUGAAUGGGUGCGGUUUUAUGGAAGUGCAGGGAAAUUUUGUUUCAUUUAAUUAGACAAUUUUUCCAUUCUGCCAUUGUGUAAGACAUAUCAGUUGUAAUUGUUAACAGAAAGAUGAUUCCAAAUAAAUGUUUUCUUGUCUCUGUCAAGCACAAAUGGACAACUUUUUUUUGUGUAAAAGUGCUAUAUGUCUAUGUUGGAACACUGUUAAUUGAAUUUUUGACAAUAUUAUGUUUAACAAUAUUACGUAGAAAAUAUUUGUUUUAAUUGGAUAAAGCUGAGGCUGCCCAUACCAUGAAUUCACCUCCACUAAGACAGGAAAGCAUUUGAUGAUAGAAACAAGGAACUGUGGAUGUGAUUUACAAAAAAUAGAGACGCAAAAUACUAAAGUAACUCAGCAAGUCAAGCAACAUCCCUGGAGAACAUGGAUAGGUGAUGUUUUGUAUUAGGACCCUUCUUCAGUUUGAAGAAGGAUCCCGACCCAAAACGUCACUGUAAACAUGCACCAGAGACCGUGUAUGAUUUAAACACAUAGUUAAUCAGCACUAAAACUUAACAGCAUUGAGGACAACAGGUUGUCAGUGCAUCCUAGCUGCUCACACUGGCAGUGCCGGGAACAAGUGUUAGUAUAAGUGUUAUAGUGGGGUGGAGUUA